UGAUGCAAUACAUGCACACUAGUGACACAGCAUCAGCUGUCAGUUGAAACAGCGCCUGUCACAAAAGCAUUUUGUUCCUCAUAUUUGAAAUUUUAAAGCUUAAUGCAUGGUUUAUUUGACGUGUUGAAACUGUUUCGAGGGAAAAAACCUCUAGUCAUCCUAUAUAAAGUUCUGAUUAAACUGAGGUCAAAUCUAAAAAUCAAUUUUAUUUUAUUUAAUCACUUAUAAAAGAUUCAGAUUAUCAUUCCUACAAUUUCAUUGCUUCUGAUAACAGUUUUAAAUACUCACAAAAGUCAGUUUUCACUUUUUUUUGUGGUGCUUGUUCAUUUCGGAUUGCCGUUAGCUGUAUUUUUGCUAUCAUAAGCUUCUCACUAUUACUAGUUACUUAGGAGUCACAUAAGACCUCAUUUUAAUUUUUUUUCUUUCCCUAUCUUUCAAGACAUGGACACAAGUCAGAGUGGAAAAGAGCUUCUUAAAGAUGAUUUCUGCUUUUCUACUCGACUGCAAACAGGUGUGGAUCAAAAUGAGGAUAACCCGUGCACAUUUACACUGUUUCACAUCACUUCUGCUCUCGGCGGCUGCCGUCAUGAGGGCUAAACUGGAGAUCCUGGCUCUGGUUCUGGGCACCAUCGGUCUGGUGGGGACCAUCGCGGUGACCGCCAUGCCCAUGUGGAAGGUGACGGCGUACAUCGGGCCCAACAUCAUUGUCAUGGAGACGCUGUGGGAGGGGUUAUGGAUGGCCUGCAUACGGCAGGCGGACAUCAGCAUGCAAUGCAAAGUCUACGACUCGCUGCUCAUCCUGCCGGCGGACAUCCAGGCGGCCCGCGGGCUCAUGUGCGCCUCCAUCACUCUCGCCGUCCUGGCCGUCCUGGUGUCCGUCUGCGGGAUGAGGGGCACGGACUGUUGCCAUGACGACCUCCGGGGCAAGAACGUGGUCCUGCUGGUGGGCGGGUGUCUGUUCGUGGUCGCCGGCCUCACCACUCUCCUUCCCGUCAGCUGGUCGACUCACUCCAUCGUCCGAGACUUUUACAACCCCAUGGUGUUGGAGUCGCUCAAGCGGGAGAUCGGACAGGCGCUGUAUGUGGGCUUCGCCACGUUCAUGAUCCUCCUGGUCGCCGGGGUGAUACUGCUGUGCCGCUACGGCAACCGUCAGAGGAAGGACGAGGAGGAGGACAAGCCAUACAUCCUGGUGGAAAAGAACAAAGCGGGAGCGAGCUUCUUGAAACAGACACCCUCUUCUGACUCGUACCGGACAAGUCAAUACGUCUGACAGACAGAACCGACUCACUCUCACUGCUUUUCUUUUUAGUUUUAUUUCUUUGCAAUUUAACUGGGUUAAAUGUUCCUCACUAUCUAACUAAACACAUUUAGUCUAUUUAAAGUGUCUGAUGAUAUGAUUGUAUAUUAUAUUUUCAAACAUUCUGGGUUGUAGUUCUGUUCUUGUAAGGGAAAACUGAAAGUGAUUUGUGCAUCCACAAACAUAUAUAGCUAUUUACUGUACAUACUGUAGCUAUUUUUAGAUUAGAAUUUAAAUGUUAUAUUUAAGAUAAGUAAAUGAUGAAUUAGAUUAAACGAGCUGUUAUUGUGAUCCUUAAAAUAUUCAAAUAUUGUAUUUAUUUACUUUUAAUUAAAUGCAUUAGUAUUAAAUAUCAAAGUAACUGAUUUAUUGUAGUUCUGUCCUUAUACAGCAAAUCUGAAAUUAGUUUGUGUCCACAAACUUAUGAUUUACCCAGCUACUUUUAUGCAUAUCUGAAUUAUUAAAUUAUGAAUUCAACUAAA